AUGCCCGUCGCACAGCUCAGAUCGCCACGAUUCGCCAGCCAGCUGGCCUGGCAUGUGAAAGCAGCUCGCCACUUUUCCACUGGCGCUGCUCUUCGCAAAGAACUUCAAGAUGCCUACAUUCUCAGUGCAUCCAGAACGCCAACAGCCAAGUUCAAUGGUUCAUUCUUGACCGUCCCUGCUCCCAAGCUUGGUGCUGCCGCCAUCAAGUCGGCCGUCGAGAAGUCCAAGGUUCCUAUCGAGAAGAUCACUGAUGUCUACAUGGGAAAUGUUCUUCAGGGCUCAGUCGGUCAGGCUCCUGCCCGUCAGGCCGCCAUCUUUGCUGGUCUUCCUGAGUCCAUCGAGGCGACCACUAUCAACAAGGUCUGCGCUUCAGGUCUGAAAGCCGUUGCCAUGGCCGCGCAAAACAUUCAAAUGGGUCUCUCAGAGGCCCAGAUCGCUGGUGGCAUGGAGAACAUGUCGCAGGUUCCUCUCUACUUGCCACGCGCCAGCGGUCUCCCGGCCUUUGGCCAUGUCAAGAUGGAGGACGGUCUGAUCAAGGACGGUCUGACCGACGUUUACAAGCAGUUCCACAUGGGUAACUGUGCUGAGAACACCGUCAAGACCCACAACAUCACCCGAGAGGAGCAGGAUGCCUACGCAAUUCAGUCGUACCAGAACGCACAGAAGGCUUGGGCCGACAAAGCCUUUGCCGACGAGAUCGUCCCCGUUACCGUCCCGGGCCGAAAGGGUGGCAAGAUCAUCGACACCGACGAAGGUUUCAUGGAUGUCAAGAUUGAGAAGAUUCCCACUCUCAAGCCCGCCUUUGUCCGCGACGGAAGCGGCACUGUCACUGCCGCCAACGCUUCCACCCUGAACGACGGGGCCAGCGCCCUGGUCCUCGGCAGCAAAGCCAUUGCGCAGGAAUACGGCUCCGGGUCCAGAGUCCUGGCCAAGAUCUGCGGCUAUGCCGAUGCUGCCAUGGCUCCCAUUGAUUUCCCUGUUGCUCCUGCCAAGGCUGUACCCAUCGCUCUGGAGAGGGCUGGCAUUACCAAGGACCAAGUCGCCGUCUGGGAGUUCAAUGAAGCCUUCGCCGCCGUCAUUCUGGCCAACCAGAAGAUCUUGGGACUCGAGGGAGCCAAGGUCAACCCCCUAGGAGGUGCCAUUUCUCUCGGCCACGCUCUGGGAAGCUCCGGCUCUCGUAUUCUGACCACAUUGCUGCACCAGUUGAAGCCUGGUGAGUAUGGUGUUGCCGCUAUCUGCAACGGCGGCGGCGCUGCCACUGCCAUGGUUGUGCAGAGAGUCGAGUCUGUUUAA